AUGAGGUGGAUAGUCUAUAUGCUGUGUAUCGUAGGGUUAUGGGCGCAAUCGGAGCAGUUGGGUAUUCAAAAGCAAGGAGGACAAGAAGUAAGAUACAUGGCUUUAGAGGCCAACGGCUAUAUCUUUAUAUACGAUGUUUUUGAUAGUACAUUAGUAGAUAAGAUAGCAGUGCAAAACAAAAGACCAGAGGGUAUACAGCGGCAAGUAGGAGAGGGAGGGAGUAUGGGGGUGGAGGGAGUAAAUGAAGGUUUGGAUCGGUGGAGGGGAAUAAAUGAAGAGGUGCAGAUUGUUGGCCAGGGGGUGCUAGUGAGAGACCAUCGGAUUGCAGUGGAGUACGUGCAACUACCGGUGGGAAUGGUAGUGCUGGUUUAUGAUGAGUACGUGGCUAAGUUAGUUGAGGCAGUUGGUGCUGAAGAAUGGACGAAAAGAGAAGUACGUUGUGUGCUGGGGAAGACUUAUAUUAACCGGGCGGAUUGGGCCCAUCGGUCGAUUGCUGAAGUAGUAGGGAAGUAUGGCCGUGCUCGGAUGUACUUCUUGAAACGGAUCAAUGGGAACUUUUACCUCUCGGAAGUUCAGAUCUCGGAAAUUGCUGAGGCUAAGCAAAGAGUCGGUAAAGUCGUCUUGGAAGUAUGGGGGGUGUUUUUAGUCUUUAGUCUGUGCUUCUUUGCGGCCUUACCUGGAGUUGUUCGGAUUUAUGUUGCUCGUCGGUGUCCAAUUGAAUUGGAUGCUGGGGAGUACCGGGGUUUGCAUGAAGGCCGGCUCUUCCGGACUAAACCGGUCUUUGUCCUGGAACUCUUGAAAGGGUCGGCGGCGGCGGAAAGAAUGCACCGGGGUUUGGUUGAGUUACGACAAAUGGAUAAGCGUGAUUGUAUUGUUUACAUUGAAGAGACGAGUAAUGCCGUUCUAGUGGCGUAUACCAAGGAUUUAGUGGCUCUGGCUGAUUUAGGCCCGCAGUAUACGUUUGCCAAGAAAGGCGAGAUUAUUUGGUGGCUGAUCAAGAAAGUAGCUGAAGUCCAUGCUCGACACUGGGCCAAUAUAGAUAUGAGUUUAGAUAAUAUCUUUAUUAGAGAGGCAGAUACGCGUUUAGUACUACUAGGCCUAACCCAUUUCCACCAGCCAGAUCCCGCCCAACUAAGCAGCAGUCAAAGCAAGGACUGUCAACGCCUUGGCUUACUUUUCUACGAACUAGUCUUCAACCGCCCCCUCCUUCAACCCCAAGAAACUGUCGCUCAAGCCCAAGCACGUCUGCAUCAGUACCACUACCAACGCUAUCCUAAGUUUUACCCCGGCCAUGAACCCCGCCAAACUCUCGAAGUCCUUGAUUGUAUUGUCCAACUCCUCAGCCCCGACUUACCUAAUUUAGACCAAAUAAUCACUCAUCCCGUCUUCUGGUCUAGUUCCGGCCGCUUUGAGUUUAUUGCCCUCUUCAGCGACUACCUCUUUGACCAUCCGGAAGACAAAGUUAUUGAAACUAGCCAGAUCAUGGCCAAAACAGAGAUGGAUUGGAGUAAUUGGGACGUUUAUUUAAACCUUGAUUUGUACAACCACUUAAUUCGUUAUGGCAAGUAUCUUUACAACACCAAAGUCAUUCGCGAUCUCUACCGAAUUUUUCGUAAUAAUGGCCGACACUUCCAAUCUAUUCCCGAUCCAGGCCGACACUUCUUCCAAAACACACUUCAAAAUUAUAUCAACUACUUUUUAGAUACGUAUCCUUAUCUUACCCUAUUUGGACAUGCAGUAGCCAGUGAAUAUCGGCUAUUUGAACGAAAACUUUUUCAAGAGCUUCAGUUGCAUGCGUUUCACGUGUAG